GUACUGGUUGUUGUCCUCAUAUCAUGCCACCCUGAAGCAGUGUCUCAUAAAUAUACAGCUCUCUUUGUUUGGCAUGCUUUGAUUUAUUCCUGCUUCCAUUUUCUCUCCAUACAAACAUGUCAGUAGAGGAUGCUGGGUAACAACAAACAUUUUGGGGUAUGUAUCUGCUGUAGCCCCAUGUGUUUGUGUGUUUUAGACCGGCCUAUCAGCAGACACAUCACACAUGUCAUAGAAACACAAACAGACUUUUAUUUACUCACUACAGCUAGAUGGAUGUUCUUCCCAUAACAUGGGAUUGGUGUUAUUAGAUCAAGCUAUUUGGCUGACAACAUAUGUGCAGUCGGUGUCAUACUGGUUUUCUUUGACAUCAGGAAACUACAGAUAUGCUUUCACUAUAUUAGUCAGGAUUUUUAACAUACUAUGCGGUGUGUACCAAGAAAAGCAAGUCAAGGCGAAGUGUGUAUCUGUUCAAAUGUAGUACUUGUGGUGAAUAUCAUAGCGCAGUGUUUCUCAGUCUUUUUCGAAACCAGGGACCGGCAACAUAUGGCUUUUCCCUCCUCAGAGGACCGCAUGUAAGAAAGAGGACAUCGGGUGUAGAUCAGGAAGAGGACAUCGGGUGUAGAUCAGGAAGAGGACAUCGGGUGUAGAUCAGGAAGAGGACAUUGGGUGUGGAUCAGGAAGAGGACAUUGGGUGUGGAUCAGGAAGAGGACAUUGGGUGUGGAUCAGGAAGAGGACAUUGGGUGUGGAUCAGGAAGAGGACGUGGUGUUGCUAGCAUGCGUGCAAGGCUUUUUUGGUGAAGGCUGAUGCCUUCUGCAGUGCACACACACUUGAUGCCUCUGCAGCCCUCAGACAUUCACACAGACAGGAAGUAGGGUCGUCCGCUUGGUCUGGUGGUUUGGUAAUCACGGAGACAGAAGCAGCAGGAGUGUUGUUGCCGUGGAGACAGCAGCAGGUGAGGGCAUUAUAAACAGGAAGUGGAUUGAGGCUGUGCCUCGGCUGGCAGUUAGAGGGGCGGAGCCUCAGAGAGGGAGAACGAGGUGGAAGGCUCUGCUGGGCUGCACACUGCUGCCUGCUACCAGCUACCAGGAAACCGCCGCAGUGGAAAUCUGUGGCUUCCCCCCGCCACCCAUACUAAAACUGAAAACGGAGACUUUAUAAAUAUGUUAUGAGAGCAGAGCUAGGAGGGGAGAGAUCUGGAAGGAGGGAGGUGUAAAGCGUUUGGUGGUGUGACUGUGGAGCAAACAAAGGACAAGGUAGCAGCAUGAUCAGAUCAGAUCACAUCAGAUCAGACCAGAUCAACACAGGGAUUGGCAGUGGAGCAGAUUGAGCCACCCUGGAACUGAAGACAAGGGUUAUUGUUUCUGGGGACUGCAAUGAGUGUGACAUGGACUGACUUGGAUUGGUAUCUAACUUGAAGACGCUUCUGUCUUUUAAUUAAUUACAAAGAGAGAGAUCUGUCCUGCUGGACUACCGGGCUACUGAGGUGUGUGUGACCUCAACCAGCCACCAUGCCUAUCCUAAAGCAGCUGGUAUCUGGUUCGUCCCAGACCAAACAGCGCCGCUCCCGUAUGGACCUGACCCGGGAGAUGAUCAGCGCUCCCCUGGGGGACUUCCGCCACACCAUGCACGUGGGGCGCAGCGGGGACGCCUUCGGGGACACCUCUUUCCUCUCCACCCACUCUGGGGAGGCUCCCCACCAUGCUGAACCCGAUGCCCAUCCCCACUCCCCCCGCCCGGGGCUUUUAUCCAGAACCUUCCGUAGCAGCAAGCGCUCCCAGUCCGUCACCAGAGUGGACCAGAGAGACUUCUCGCUAGCGCCACCCGGUGGCUCGCCCACCUUCGUGAAGAACGCUAUGUCGCUCCCCUUCCUCAAUGAUGAAAAUGGUGACCAUGUUGAUGGAGGACACAGGGUGCCUAAGAGCGUCUCGUCCAGCCCACUGAAACAGCUACAUGAGCAGGAUGGAGGUGGAGGUACCAGGCCAUCUAACGGGGCCGCUGCUGGGGCCCGCUCUCUGGAGCUGGAUGAGAGGAGCUUUGGGGAGCUUACUGACCUGCCCAGCCCCAGCCGCGGGUACUACGGAGGGGGGAUGAAGCAUGCAGUGUCGGUCAUGUCGUUCCACAUCGACCUGGGGCCCUCCAUGUUGGGGGACAUCCUGGGGGUGAUGGAGAAGGAGGAGGAUGAUCUGGGAUACGAGGAGGGGAAGAGCAGUGAGGGACGGGCCUCUCCUACACUACUCCUGGGGAGGGAGGUGGGAGGAGAGGAGGAGGAGGAGGAGGGAGAGGACGGGGUGGAGGUGGAAGGAGAGGAGUUGGAGGAGGUGGAGGUGGGAGAAGAAGAGGAACCGGAAGCUGAGCUACUGCAGCUGCAGGAGGAGGAGGUCCCUGUACCUGUGAGUCCAACCAGCUCGGUAGAACCUGAGGUGGGAGAGGACGAGGGGGCACCCUACACCCCAGAGCCCUGCCCUAAACACCUGCAGCACCAAUUGGAUACCUGCUCUGUGUCCAGCUCUGCCUCUACCUCUGGCUCCGCCCACAUGGUGCAGGAGAAACCAGCCGGCCAGCUCCACGUGGGGGAUACGGACAGCGCCACUUUCAGCGCCCCACCUGAGGAGGAAGAGGGGGUGGGAAAGUUUUCUUCCUUCUUGGAGGACGAAGAUGAUGAGAUCCGUGUAUGAAACGAGAUGUACAAGCUCAAACCAUAUACGGAGCGGAUAAGUGUGGAUUAAUACAGAUGGAUAGAUUCUAUACUGGGUGGAUAUGGAUGAGUACAGAUGGAUAGAUUCUAUACUGGGUGGAUUUGGAUGAGUACAGAUGGAUAGAUUCUAUACUGGGUGGAUAUGGAUGAGUACAGAUGGAUAUAUUCUAUACUGGGUGGAUAUGGAUGAAUACAGAUGGAUAGAUUCUAUAGUGGGUGGAUAUGGAUUACAGAUGGAUAGAUUCUAUACUGGGUGGAUAUGGAUGAGUACAGAUGGAUAGAUUCUAUACUGGGUGGAUAUGGAUGAAUAAAGAUGGAUAGAUUCUAUAGUGGGUGGAUAUGGAUGAGUACAGAUGGAUAGAUUCUAUACUGGGUGGAUAUGGAUGAGUACAGAUGGAUAUAUUCUAUACUGGGUGGAUAUGGAUGAAUACAGAUGGAUAGAUUCUAUAGUGGGUGGAUAUGGAUUACAGAUGGAUAGAUUCUAUACUGGGUGGAUAUGGAUUACAGAUGGAUAGAUUCUAUACUGGGUGGAUAUGGAUGAAUACAGAUGGAUAGAUUCUAUAGUGGGUGGAUAUGGAUUACAGAUGGAUAGAUUCUAUACUGGGUGGAUAUGGAUGAGUACAGUACAAAGUCAAGUCUAUAAAGCCCCAUAUCACAACAGAGACGUAUAGACUGGAUGGCUUACAGGGUGGUAUGGAUGACGUGUUGAGUUGAUAAUGAAUGAAUGAAUUACUACUGUGGAUGAAACUCUACUACUAUAAAGCCCCAUACUAUGACAGAGAUGUACAGUCUAUACUGGGUGGAUAUGGAUCACAGUGCAGCAGCAGUACCUCCUCUGGUAGUGUGGAUGACGUGUUGAUACAACAAUAAACUAAUACUGUGGAUCAAACUCUACUCUAUGUAUAGUCUGGGUGGUCUGGAUAGGAGAGUUCUAGUACAGCACCUCUUCUGAUAGUGUGGACGACAUGUUGAAUUAAAUAGAAAACAACCGUCUACUGCUCCCUCUGUGCUUCCUGUGAGAAUACAAACAUCUGGACAUAGAGACAUGUGGACUGGGAUCUGUGGACUGGGAUCUGUGGACUGGGAUCUGUGGACUGGGAUCUGUGGACUGGGAUCUGUGGA